GGCAGCCACGGCGGCGGGUGCGACCACCCAACCCCAACACUGAUAACGCUAUCACAAAAAACAACCCCGCGACCUUUCAAACCUCGAGGAACUAACAAUCAGCCUCUCCCCGUCCCGACGCGCAGCGUCGUCGUCGAGGCUCCGGACGCCGUCACCCUCCGCCAACGCACCGUCAAGACCACAUCGUUCGGCACCGCCGGCAUGCACUGCGCCGCCGUCUCCCUCCUCAAGCGCACCGCGAGACUCUCCGACAUCCUGCGGCACAUGGGCCACGGCAACUCCGGGCAAGACCCGGAUUGGGUCCCGCCCUCCGACGCCGAGAUCUUGGCGGCCUACUACCGCCGCAUGAUGGCCAAGCAGCGGUGGACCAAGGCGCAGGCCGCGCUCACGUCCAUCCGCGCCAUGCAGGGCGGUUUACUCGGCGCGCUGGGCGGCGGGGCGGCGCAGAAGGCGAAGGCGUUUCCAGCCUUCGGCGCCAUCCCCGGAGCCGAGCCCAAACCGCCGCCGCCGCCGCCGCCGCCGCCGCCGCGGCCCGUGACUCCCGAGGACCCGGACUCCCCGCGGUCGCACAGCCCCACGCCGUUCGUCGUGGUCAAGCCCAGGCGCGCCUCCAUCACCGAGCUGACCUCCGGCGCGCGGGCCAAGGCGCAGGCGUCGGCGACGAUGGGGAGAAUGCCAAAGGAAAAAGACGUGCGUCGGAUGCUGCGCGAGUUUGCGGGCGACUGGUUCGUGGUCUUCGUCGACACCAAGUUCGACAUGAUCCUCGCGGCGAUGUCCGGCGAAUGCACGUCGGAGGUGUUCGCGGCGGUCGGCGGCGACGGGACGCUGUACUUCGGCACGGACAGGGCGUCGAUGCCGAGCGACGACGACGACGCGGAGGUUGUGCAGUUUCCCAGGAGUACCUAUUUUUGCGGCCGGUGCUCGCCGUCAUCGAGGCUCGUGUUCAAACGGUUCACCGCCCGGCUGAGCUCGAGCGUCGAGACGACGCCGUCGACGACGCCGUUGACGACGCCGGAGCGUUCGCUGCCGGUGUCGCCGGAACCCCCCGAGGAGGAGGUCGUCUCGUUGUCGCUCGAGGACGGAGCAGGGGCGGGGCCAGUCGUCGAGGGCAAGGCGCCGCCAAUGCCCACCGUCGUCGCAAAGCCCGAGACCGGGACGUCAUCCGCGUGAGUCCCGGUCAGCACUGCGAGACGU